UCGGACAAUCCUUGAACUUAUAUAAAUAAAACCUCGUCGCUACAUGAAUCGUUGCUACAUUCGGAAGGCAAAUUCCAGCUCCUCGAUCCACUCCAGCCCCACCGACCUAAUUAACAUUCACAUUCCAGUUGACCGUCAACCAUGAAAAUGGACCCUCCUGCCCAUAUCGACUGCUUCAUAUGGGGAGAAAUGAGACGUGUAAUGGACGUUGGUAGGGACAAUUAUCGCCCGCAAAUUGAAGCCACCUUGGAUCGGAUCGACGAGCACCUGAGACAGGUGGUUAGGCUUGGCCUUAAAAGGGACAAAGACUGGGCUUUACGCCGCGAGAAUCAGUUGAACUCUGUUUUUGGGAAAAUCGAGCGGGCUGGCAUGUUUGAUCAACCGUCUAUCUCCUCUAAGCGUCCGCUUCUACCCGUCCAGGUAGCCUACUAUGCUAAGAAUAUGGAGGAUAUAAUUGCAAACUGCGCAAAUAUCGCUAUGGAUAUCUCCGAGAGGACCCCCGUCGGAGACUUCCUCAAGCGCGUGACCGAUGAGCUGCGCGACGCGGAGGGCGUUUUCACGGACAUGUUGCUUUGCCUGGAAGAUGAACUGUGCCGUCGUCGACGACCACUCUGGGAUGAGUGA